UUGCGCGCGAAGCGUUCAAGAUGGAGGCGGAGAAGCUGCGGGGGAAAGUGAGCGGCGCCUUCAAGAUGCACGGGCUGCUGCUCCGCGCUGAGGCGACUAAAUAUCUCACAGAAGCUCUUCAAGCUGUUAGUGAAGCGGAGCUUGAAGAUAUGAUAGAAAAUAUAAUCGAUGCUGUUGAAAAACAACCUUUGUCGUGUAACAUGAUUGAAAGGCCCACGGUGGAAGCGGCGGUGCAGGAAUGCAGCCAGUCCCUGGAUGAAACCAUAGACCACAUUUUCAACAUCAUUGGGGCUUUUGACAUCCCACACUACAUUUACAAUUCUGAAAGAAAGAAGUUUCUCCCUCUCUCAAUGACCGGUCACCCUAUGCCAAAUUUAUUUGGCUCUGCCAAGGAUAAAGCAGAAUUAUUUCGUGAACGUUACGUCAUCCUGCAGCAGAGAACUCACAGGCAUGAGCUGUUCACUCCGCCCGCCAUAGGUACCCACCCAGAUGAAAGUCGAAGUAAAUUUCAGUUGAAUAUUGUGCCCCUAGGUUCCUUGAAAGCUCUGGCAGAUAUAAUAUGUGAAUAUCCCAGUAUUCAUCAGAGUAGCCGAUUUGUAUUUGUUCCUGGUCCCGAAGACCCCGGCCCUGGCUGCAUUUUGCCAAGACCACCUCUUGCUGGAAACAUCACAGAGGAAUUCAGGGAGCAGGUGCCAUUUUCUGUUUUCACUACAAAUCCUUGCAGGGUUCAAUACUGCACGCAGGAAAUAAUGAUCUUCCGAGAAGACUUAGUGAACAAGAUGUGCCGGAAUUGUGUCCGUUUUCCUGGCAGCAAUUUGGACAUUCCUAACCAUUUUGUAAAGACUAUCUUAUCACAAGGUCAUCUGUCUCCGCUCCCUCUUUAUGUCAGCCCUGUGUACUGGGCAUACGAUUACACCUUGCGAACUUACCCACUGCCAGACAUUAUUGUUUUUGCUGACAAAUAUGACCCAUUCACUGUUACCAACACCGACUGCCUCUGCUUUAAUCCUGGAUCUUUUCCAAGGAGCGGAUUUUCAUUCAAAGUAUUCUAUCCUUCUAACAAAACAGUUGAAGACAGCAAACUCCAAAGUCUUUGAAGCUCAGUAAAGAACAGCAAAUCAGUCUGACUGCAGCACUGUGAAUCUUCGGGAUCAUUGUUUUUUUUAAUUACAUAUUAAAUAUGAAUACAGACCUUUUGUAAAUAAAUCAUCAUACAUCUA